AUGCUCAAUGGUAGGUCGCCAGAUGUACAAAUCGCUGUCAUCCGUGCCUUAAUUAUCGAAUGUCAAAAGCGAGGAGUGGAGCAAGCUAAUCAGGGAAAUCAAGGUGCGGGUCAAAAGAAAGAUUGCACGGUGCCUUUAGGAAACUGUAAUCACGCGUUCCACUUUCAUUACAUUUCUCUUUGGCUGAAAACUCGUCAGCUAUGCCCUCUGAAUAACAGAGAAUGGGAGUUCCAGAAAUAUGGUCACUAA